AUGGCAGGUUUGUUAGAUUUACUAGAUGCAGAUGAGAUACUCAACAGACAAGAACAAGAGCGGGAAAGACAAGAGGCAUUAAAGAGGUCACACGCGUCCGUCAAACUGUCCGACACAGAAACACAUCCUCAAGGAUCUGAUUCUUUGCAACCACCUGAUCUUAGAUCUCCAAGAUCUAUGAUUACACCGCCACAAGCUUAUUUAUCGAGGAGAAACUCAAUACCAAAUAUUCAAAUGUUCGACACAACAUUUAGUAUCAAAUCAGAAGGAAAAAUAAGUACCUCUGUUACCUCAUUGAACUCGUCGCCUAUAGAUCUUGGCAAAGUUGGGAAUGUGUCAAUGCUGGACAAACACACACCUCCGAACAUCGCCACAUCAUCUACAUCAACAUCACCACAAGUUUCAUCUUCUCCGGCAAAAAUUGCAAUGAAGAGUCCCAAAAUUUGUGUCUCUCCAACAACAACAACAACGACAACUACUACUACAACAACAGCAUCAGCAACAAGAACAGCUAACGUGCCCGAAACCACAGCUACAGCCACCACCUCCGACCAACAUUUUUCCAACUCAUCAAAACCGGUAUUUCAAUUACGCGAAAGGCUCCCCAAAUCCAGAAUCAACAAGCGCAUCCUUUCCAAGAAAAGAUUCGUGAAAUUUGCUAUACGACGCAAGUAUUCCACAAGAAAGAAGAUUAGUGAUACUAGGCAGCUGAAGUUGCACAUCAAGUCAUUGAAAGCUGGAAUCAAGAUAAAAUUGACCAAAUGCGACAACUUGUUCAACUUGUUUCAUUGUUUGAUUCCAUUCACCGAGGAAAGAAAAUUCUAUAGUGUCUUCAAUGAUGAUGACGCAACAAACCCCAUUGCUGAAUACCAGGAAGUGACUGACGAUCUUCUGCAAAAUAAUAAUAGCGCUUUCAAAAGUCUAGCUUCUGAAGGUUUACAAUUGAUUGAUAACAAUGUCGUUGACUUAAGUGAAUAUUCCAACAAAAUUAUCAAAUCCUUUACGAGUCAACUGAGCCAAACUACACCCACUUUCAAUUCAUUAGAUACUGCAGUCAAUACACUUUUUGGCACCAAAGAUUUCACCUUGGUUCGAAUCACGAGAUCAACCACCGAUGACGUCCAUGGUUCAUCAAUAUUGAAAUUGGAAACAGCAAAACCUGGCGACUUUAGUUUGAUUGAUGAUGAAGAGAACUCUGACGAAAUGUUGCAUUCUCUUGGUGGUGGUGGUGAGGUUCCCAAUAAUUUGUUUUUCAAAAAGAUUAUUGCACGACCAAGGUACAAGAGUAAUAUGAAGAUUUACUUUAUACCUUCCUCCCACGUCAAUUAUUCAUUGUAUACCGAUUGCCGAUCAUUUGAAAGAGACUUGUUUAAUGGGGUAGUUCAGGUUGCAUUUGAGGAUAUCGAAAAAUGUGUCAAUGAAACAGAGCCCAAUUGGGAUAACGUCGAUGUUGAAAAUGUGAAGGUCAAACGGGUUGAUGGAUACGAGAGAAGUGUCUAUUGCACAUUUCCAACAGAAGAUGCUUUAAAGAGAUUUAAACAGAAUUUGAUUGAGAGUUUGAAAGAGGAGGAGUGCAAAGGAGAAGAUGCAUCUUUCGAAAGUGGAUCCAAAGUGGCAACAACAACGGUGGCCAACGAAACAACAGUCUCGCAAAACACAACCACACCACCAUCUCAGGUUUUACCUGCUCCUCAAUUUGUAUCGCCAUCGGAAUCAGCAAACGCUCACAACCAAGCAAUUCUACUGCAGACAUUUAUUAAUUUCCAGUCUCCUCAAUUUCCAGCACCAUUCCCUUUCCAACACCAACUGCAACAGUCGUGUCAACUUCCUCAGCCUUUACCAAACAGGUCUCUAUCAUUUGACAGCCAGUUCGGAUACACACCAAGUCAACAACAGCAGCAGCAUCAUCAUCAUCUACAACCACACCCUCUUUCAUUUGUCAAUGGCAGCACAUUGCAAGGACAGAGAUCAAGUUAUCCAGUGUUAUUCCCACCCACGCCACAUCACAUGGCGUCACAUCAUCACCACCACCACCACCAGUACCGCCACUCAUUGAAGCUGAUGGCAAUUCCAGCCAACAAUUACGUGCAAUUGCCUCCCUUGGCUACGUCUUUUUCGCAGACUCCACGCUCAUCUAUAUAUAAAGAAAAUCUAGCUUACUUGCCAAUAGUACCACCUUUGUCCCUUAUCCACACCACGUCAAAUAGGAACAUUGACUCCGAAGAGUUUCCUCCAAUACAAAAGAGUUAG